CAGCCGCUGCCUUGGCAGAGGACUAGCUCUCGCUGGCUCAGCACAAGAGAAGCGAGCGGCGGCGAGCCAUGACUCCGGCCGGCGCCUGGAAGAGCAGGUGCUCUCCCCGCACGGUUUUUUAGCCGCCCUCCAGUCCGCUUGCUUUGGCUCCGUGCGGAAAACGGGAUUAUGUUACCAUUGACUCGAUCUGCAGGGAGCUGAGCCGGAGGAAGCCAGGGAAAGAAGAAUGCGGGUCCAUUUAAUGGUGUGCUGCCUUAUUUUCUAUACCGUGAAUGGACAAGUAGAGUACUCCAUCCCCGAAGAAACGGAGAGCGGCGCGCCUGUCGGGAAUCUGGCGAAGGAUCUGAGCAUCGAUGCAGCAUCUCUCCCCUCCCGGAAAUUCCGCAUGAUCUCCAGCUCAAGUAAGCAAUAUUUUAGCCUCAAUGCAAGCACCGGAGCUUUGUUUGUUCUAGAGCGCGUCGACCGGGAACAGAUCUGUGCACUAAAACCCACCUGCUCUCUGAAUUACGAACUGGUGCUGGAAAAUCCACUGGAGCUUUACAAAAUGCAGUUUAAGAUCUUGGACGUGAACGACAACGCCCCCACCUUCCCGCUCCGGGAGUACCACUUAAACGUGGCCGAAUUCCUGGCCCCGGGAGCCCGCUUCACCCUCCCCAAUGCCCAGGACCCCGACGAAGGCAUCAACAGCGUCCAGAGCUACACGCUGAGCUCCAACGAGCAUUUCCGACUGGAGAUGCAAACGCGCGGGGACGGGAGCCGCUAUCCGGAGCUGGUGCUGGAAAAGCCCUUGGACCGGGAGCAGCAAGCCACGCACAGGCUGGUCAUCACUGCCAAAGACGGAGGGAGUCCCCAGAGGUCCGGAGACGCCCAGGUCGUGGUCACCGUCCUUGACACCAACGACAACGCCCCUGCUUUCGAGCACUCCGUCUACCGGGCCAGCGUCUCGGAGAAUUCCCCCAACGGCACUCUGGUCACACGGGUGCACGCCACGGACCUAGACGAAGGUCAGAACGGAGAGGUCCGAUACUCGUUCAGCAACAGCACACCGGUUCAGCUCCAGAAGAUGUUCCGCAUCGACCCCCAAACGGGGGAGGUCAAAGUCAACGGGGUUUUAAACGUCCAGAAGCCCCUGCUGGAGAUGUUUAUUGAGGCGAGAGAUAAGGGGGUCUUUGGGAUGUCCAGCGUUGCCAAAUUGCUGGUGGAGGUAACAGAUGUGAAUAACAAUGCCCCGGAGAUCACCGUCACCUCGCUUUCUAGCCCCAUCCCAGAGGAUUCCUUGCUGGGCACAGUGAUCGCUCUCUUGAGCAUCACAGAUGAAGACCCUGGAGAAAACGGGAAGGUCAUUUGCCAGAUCCCCACCAACAUCCCCUUCCAACUCAAGUCCUCCUUCGACAGUUACUACAGUUUGGUCACCAGUGGCCUUCUAGACCGGGAGCGGGUCAGUGAGUACAACAUAACUGUCACUGCUUCUGAUCUGGGCUCCCCUCCCAUCGCCACUCAGAAGACACUGUGGGUCCAAAUUGCAGAUGUGAACGACAAUCCCCCCAAAUUCCUCAACCAGAUGCGUGAAGUUUCUGUAACAGAGAACAACAGGCCUGGGGUGUCCCUUUUCCACGUGUCAGCCUCUGAUCCAGACCUGGGUGAGAAUGGUCGGGUCUCCUAUCUACUCAGGGACAUUGACAUCCAAGGCAGCUCCUUGUCCAGCUAUUUGGCCAUUGAUGCCAACACUGGAGUUGUUUAUGCAGAGGGCUCUUUUGACUUUGAGCAACUUCAGAGCUUCCACUUCCAGGUGGAGGCCAAGGACAAUGGUUCCCCACACCUGGCUUCUGCUUUUAUUGUCAGCAUUACCAUUCUAGAUCAGAAUGACAAUGCCCCCAUCAUUUUGUACCCAGGGGUGAGGAAUGGCUCCAUGGCAGUAGAAAUUGUGCCCCGCCUGGCAGAUGCUGACUACCUCGUCACCAAGGUGGUGGCCCAUGAUCCAGACAGUGGACAGAAUGCUUGGCUUUCUUAUCACCUCUUGCAGUCUUCCGACACCAGUCUGUUUCGGGUUUCACCCAAUGCUGGAGAGCUCAGGACUAGUCGCUCCAUGAGGUCUAGUGACCCUAUCAAGCAUAAAGUAGUGGUUAUGGUGAAGGACAGUGGGGAGCCCCCUCUCUCCUCCUCUGUGACAUUGGGCAUCUUGCUGGCUGAUUCUCUCCCUCAGGCACUCCCAGACUUUGAUGACAGCUUGGAAGCGCGUGGGCAGCAGCUGUCCAAAUUGAACUUCUACUUGAUCAUAGCUCUGGCCUGCCUUUCUUUUGUCUUCCUUGGGUUUCUAAUCUUCCUUCUUGCCAUCCGACUUUUCCACUGUAGGACUAGCCCUUCCCGUGGGUGCUGCUGUUGCCCCAUGGAUGAAUACGAGAAGUACCGCUACAAUGUCCGCAUGCUCCCAAGCUCUCAUUUCACGCCAGAGAUGGUUGAGGUGGCAGGAAUGGGGAAACUUACGCACACUUAUUUGUAUAGGGCGGCCUUGGGUGUUGGGCCUAGCAAUAACAACUUGAUGCCCAAUGGAGAUGUCGGAAAUCUUUCCAAGGGGGCAGGAUUAUUACAAGUGCCAGCAUCUUGCAUUCAAGUGCAGAAGGUGAAGAGUGACCACUUUAAUGCCAUUCUGGUGCCAAAACCACCCAAUCCUGACUGGCGUUACUCUGCAUCUUUAAGAGCGGGAAUGCAAGGUGCUGUGCACAUGGAGGAGGCAGGAGCCUUACGUGGAGGACCAGGAGGACCUGAACAGCAGUGGCCAACAGUGUCCAGUGCAACAACAGACCCUGAAGGUGGCGAGGUGUCCCCUCCGGUCGGAGCUGGUGUGAACAGCAACAGCUGGACCUUUAAAUACGGACCUGGCAAUUCCAAGCAGCCUGGCCCCGGUGAGUUGCCAGACAAAUUCAUUAUCCCAGGAUCUCCCGCAAUCAUCUCCAUUCGUCAGGAUCCGCCAAACAGCCAAACUGACAAAAGUGACUUCAUAACUUUUGGCAAGAAGGAAGAGACCAAGAAAAAGAAGAAAAAGAAGAAGGGAAACAAGGCUCAGGAGAAAAAAGAAAAGGGCAACAGCACCACUGACAACAGUGACCAGUGAGCAGUUUAUACCGAACAGUCUACUUAGCCAAUUUUUGUAAUCUUGGAAGAUCUCUCCUAUGUAGCAACUCCCAGCUUCUUCCUACUGUUAACCAAUUUCCUGUAUGUGCAAGACUUCAAAAAAAUAAUCUGCAGGGAAUUCACCAUGUCUGUCUAGAUUGCUUAACAGGUUUUGUCUUGAAAGCUUUAUUAAGCCUGGUGUUAACUCUUUUUUUUUCUCCACUCUGGCUUGUUUUCAGAAUUUAAAAAGCAGACACAAGUUUCUUUUCUCGUACGCUGAAAAGGAGACUCUUCGCAAUACAGCCAGUGCGAGGUU